UGUGCAUUUGAUCCCCAAAGGAACAGCGACCGCUGGCCGCUGCAAAGGAGAGAGCAGUGAAGGCUGUCUGCCCGGCGCCAUGAGCGGUCCUCGGCGCGGACGACGCAUGGCUCCGCAGGGGGCGCUCGGCGAGGGCGUGGCCGUCUUUGAGGAGUACCUGGCACACCUGGCGCCGCACAACCCGCAGUGGCUGGCCCUCCCCCCGCCCUGGUGCGCCGACCUGCGCCUCUCGAACGAGGAGGCUGCGGGCGGCGGCGAGCGGGCCUUCGGCGAGGCGGCGGCGCGGGGGGGCGACGCCCUAGCCGUCCCCCUCAAAAUCGCCGCGAGCGACGUGCUCGGGCGGCACCUGGUGGCGUCGAGGAGCAUCGCCCCGGGGGAGGUGGUGAUCGUGGAGCCGCCCCUCCUGCUGGCGCUCAGGGCGAAGUCGCCGCCGUACUGCUCGACCUGCUUCAGGCGCGCCAGGGACUACACGUGCCCCGCGUGCGGCUUCUUCCUGUGCGACGAGGGCUGCCUGACCAAGAGGCACAGGGAGGAGUGCUGCUUCCUGCAGCGCCUGGGCCUGGCGGGGCCGAGCAAGGAGGCGCAGCAGAAGGAGGAGCGCGAACUGCGCGAGCGCCUCGCGGCCAUGGCGCCCCAGGACCGCGCCCAGGCGGAGGCGCUCCUGCAGCGCGCCAAGCUGACGGCCACGCAGCAGCGCCACUACGAGGUCCUGCGGCACUACAUAGUGGUCCCCGCCAUCCAGACGCUGGUGGCCAUGAGCAGGAGCGAGCUGACGCGGCGGGCGGUGCUGGCGCUGCAGGGCCGCCCGGACGAGGCGUCGCAGCGCUUCCGCGUCAACCAGAGGCGCAUCGUGGACGUGGUGGUGGGGACGCUGCAGGCGUCGACGGACGCCGCUCUGGUGCACAGAAUCUGCUCCGUGUGGGACACCAACGGCUUCGAGGUGCCGCUGGGCUGGGGCACGCGCGUGCACGGCCUCUACCCGCUCGCCUCGCUGCUCACGCACGACUGCCGGGCCAACACGCAGCAGUGGUUCACCGCGGGCGGCACGCUGGUGCUGCGCGCCGUGGACCACAUCGCGGCGGGCCAGGUGGUCACGACCAGCUACACGGACCCCCAGUGGGCAACGAUGCUGCGCCAGGACCACCUGCGCGUCUCCAAGCAGUUCACGUGCACGUGCCAGCGCUGCGCAGACCCCACCGAGAUGGGCACUUUCAUGGGGUCCCCCAAGUGCUCCGGCUGUGGCGGCCCCAUGGUGUCCUCGGCGCCCCUGGAUCCCUCCGCCGUCUGGGUCUGCCACGCCGGCUGCGCGCACACGGCGUCCGCCAAGCAGGUGGCUGGCGUGGGCGCGAGCGUGGGAGCCAAACUCGGCGGCCUCGACCCUACCGACGGAGCCGCCAUCGGGACCGCCGCCGACCACCUCAAGGACCUCCUGCACCCGACGCACCACGUCCUAAUGCAGCUGCAUGUGUCCACGCUCAGGACCAUGGCUGAUAAGGACCUACGCGAGCUCAGCGACGAAGCCCUAGAGACACUGGCAGCCAUCGCGAGGCUUGUGGUGGGCGUGGUGAGGAAGUUGGAAGCCCCCUUGACACGCCUCUCAGUGCGCAUGUUUCGAGAAGAUAUAAGAGUCCGUCUGGAAGUAUUAAGACGACAGAAGCUUCGAGGUCAGUGCAUCGAGGAGGAACUCAAGGAUCUGGCCCCUAUGCUGGCGGACUGUGAGAUCGCUCUAGGAUGGGACGUCAGGAUGCCCGCCUUCGAGCCAGUCCUGCAGGAGUACCGGUCCUUGCUCAAUACUUCAGGCUGAAAUAUCCUUUGGGUGACAGGUCGUUUUUUUUCAUUUAGAGAGAGAGAGAGAGAGAGAGAGAGAGAGAGAGAGAGAGAGAGAGAGAGAGAGAGAGAGAGGAGAGAGGAGAGAGA